CUCUGUCUGUAAAGGAGUCGGGCAGGCGCUCAUUUCCCUGAGCCCAGUGCAGGGCUCCGUCCCUGUUCCCGUGGGCCUUCCAGGGUCCCCACCCUUGGCGACUACCUCGGGUGCAUUUGCCGAAGUGGGUUGACAAUACAGGCCGAUCCGGGUCCAGAGUCCGAACCCAGAGCUGCGUGAGGCCCGCGGGCUCCAGCGAGGUGACCCUCUGGAGUAGCCAAGGGACAGAAGGCCAAGCAGGACCCCGGCCCGCCCAGCCGUCUGCCACAGAAGGGACCCAGGAUGAGAAGAUGAACAGUUCCUUGGACUACCUGGCCUACCCUGUGGUCGUCUCCAAUCACAGGCAGACCACCGCUUUCAGGAGGAAACUGGACCUAGGCCACUACCUCUCCCACCAGAACCGGCUCCAAAUAGCGAAGCCCACCGUGGACACCAAGCCUCCCGCAGCACACACACAUCUCAUUUUAAAGCUGAGCAAACUGCAGUGUGAGCAGAAGAGAAUGGACAGAAUUGAGUACGAGAACAGGCAGCUGUGUGAGAAGAUCGCCAGUGUGCACCGCGGCCCUGCCAAGGUGGACUGCUGGAACUCCUACUUCUCCAGGAGCUUGAACCGUGAGAUGCGGAACCGUGAGCUCAUGCGCAUCACCAUGGAGAACCAGGCCAUCCUGAAGCGGCUGAGCAGCCGCAAGUCCCACUAUGACCGCAGGGUGUCGGAGACCGACUGGCAGGCACGUGUGAGAACUCCAGGCGCUACAUCCGGAACACGACCAAGUACCUUCCCUCCGGAGAUGACUAGCAGGUCAGUCACCGAGGACAGGACACUGCCAAGGCUUCCAGGCCACCCUGAAUCUCGAGACCCUCAGGACACCACAAUAAAGCCCGGGACUAUGGUGUCAAUGGCAGAGCUGCAUGCAUUUGUAUCAGGGUGAUGGGGAGGGGACACAGGG